AUGUCGCUGUAUGAUGAAGAUCAUUGCAACUCUGAAAUAUCCAGAGAUCGGUUCAAAUUGGAUGCGAUUUCACUGAAUAAACCACCAGAAGAAGUAUUCGAUGUUGUCGGGAAACUUGGCGAAGGGUCGUAUGGAUCGGUACACAAAGCAAUUCAUAAGGAAACUGGACAUGUGCUCGCAGUUAAGAAAGUGCCUGUGGAUACGGAUUUGCAGGAAAUUAUCAAAGAGAUUAGUAUAAUGCAACAGUGUGACAGUAAAUAUGUUGUUAAAUACUACGGGUCAUACUUCAAAAACUCCGACCUUUGGAUUGUUAUGGAAUAUUGUGGCGCUGGUUCAGUUUCAGAUAUUAUGAGGAUUCGUAAAAAAACAUUAAAUGAAGCAGAAAUUGGUGCUGUUACUAGGGAUGUUCUGAAAGGUUUACGUUACUUGCAUGAUUUAAAGAAGAUCCACCGAGAUAUCAAGGCUGGCAAUAUAUUGCUGAAUGCGGAAGGUCAUGGGAAACUAGCAGACUUUGGUGUCGCUGGCCAGUUAACGGAUACUAUGGCUAAAAGAAACACUGUUAUUGGAACACCAUUUUGGAUGGCACCAGAAGUGAUUCAAGAAAUUGGUUAUGAUACGAAAGCCGACAUCUGGUCGCUUGGGAUUACUGCCAUGGAAAUGGCUGAAGGUCGUCCACCACAUGCUGAUAUUCAUCCAAUGAGGGCAAUUUUUAUGAUUCCAACAAAACCACCACCAACACUGAAACGUGAAGUCGACUGGUCACUAGAUUUUGUGAAUUUUGUUGGUCAGUGUUUGAUCAAAAACCCUGACGAGAGAAAAUCAGCCCAUGAUCUACUAGAGCAUCCAUUUGUGAUUAACGCACCACCAUCAACCGUUUUGUUGAAUAUGAUUGAUGAAGCUCGAAGCAUCGCUGAUUCUUCUGUUCAGGAAUUCCAGGAAUGUGCAAACGAAGAUGCAGGUGAUUCCACUUUAAUACAUGAAAGAAUACAUGGUGAUGAAUCUAGUGAAGUGGAGGAUAUGACACUUAUACGGCAUGAUAUUCCAUCAACACCAACCAGUGGAGAACCUUAUAAAAUGGUAUCUUCAGAAACAAUUACGCAGCAGGUUAAUUCAAUGCGACUAACUGGUAUUCGUCCUCCAGGUGAUACAAGUUACGUGCAUAACCCGCAAGAAGCAAAUUCAGUAACUGAAGGAGGAAAGUCAUUGGAAUUAUCCAGUCAUAAGAUGCUCUAUGUAAACCAGAAAAUGGAAGAGCAAAAGAGGGAUAAGAAAAUUCCAAUGAAUGGUGGUAUUUAUUAUGGUAAUGGAGAUAUGGUAAAUGGUAUUGGUAUGCCGCAAACAUUCUUCAGUACAGAUUCAUCUUGCGACACUUCAUAUAUCGAUCAACAUUUUAAUAAAGCAUACCUAGAUGGCGACUACAGUUUUUUGGCUGAACUUCCACUGGAGGAAUUAAUGAGAAGAAAAGCAAAUCUAGAAGCUGACAUGGAUGUGGAAUUACGCGAGUUGCAAGCGCGCUAUCAGACCAAAAGGCAGCCAAUUUUGGAUGCGAUCGAAAAUAAGAAAGCCAAAAUAACUCAGUAUAGAUGA